AUGUCUGAUAUUCAAAAAUAUGGUAACUAUGAUGUACAUUUUGUUAAAGGGGUCGAUGAAGUCUUAGAAGAUGGUACUUUCGUUGUUAAUUCCGAAGGACGUAGACAAUCUCAAUACCCUGAUUUCUUACCUUCAUGGAACCCAAAAGAUAAAUUCCCACCUUUGAAAUUUCAUAAGUAUGUUGAUCCAGGUUUGAGAGCAGACAAAGAUUUCAAAAAUUUGUUCCCAUCAGGGUUGGUAACUGAGGAUUACAAAGUCAAGAGAAUCACUCCAAAGUUGGGAAGUGAAGUUGAUGGUGUUCAAUUGAGCUCUUUAGAUGAUAAAGGUAAAGAUGAUUUAGCUCUUUUCGUAGCUAAACGAGGUGUGGUUGUUUUCCGUAAUCAAGAUUUUGCUACCAAAGGUCCACAGUUUGCUGUUGAUUAUGGUAAACAUUUUGGGGAAUUACAUUGUCAUCCAACUGGAGGGGUUCCUAUUAACCAUCCAGAAUUAUUAAUCACUUAUCGAAGAGCAGAUAAGGGAGAGUUUGAAAGAGUUUUCCAACAAAAUACAAACGCUGUUUUGUGGCAUAGUGAUAUCAGUUACGAAUUACAACCUUCAGGCUACACCUUUUUCACCGUCUUAGAGGGCCCUGAUGCUGGUGGUGACACAAUUUUUGCAAAUGCUGUUGAAGCUUAUAAUAGAUUAUCCCCAGAGUUUCAAAAAAGAUUGCAAGGUUUACACGUCUUGCAUACUUCUGAAGAUCAAGCGGCAAAUUCCCGUAGUCAACAAGGUGUCGAAAGAAGAAAACCAGUAUCCAAUAUUCAUCCAUUAAUUAGAGUUCAUCCAGCCACCGGUGACAAGUACAUUUACAUUAAUAGACCAUUUUCAAGGAGAAUAGUCGAAUUGAAACAGCAAGAGUCAGAUUUCUUGUUAGAAUUCUUAUAUAAGCAUAUUGAAUCAGCUCUGGAUUUACAAUUACGAGCUAAUUGGGAGCCUAAUACUGUAGUUGUCUGGGAUAACAGAGUGGUCCAACACUCUGCUAUCAUUGAUUGGGAUGAGCCAGUUUCCAGACACGCUUUCAGAAUUACUCCAAUGGCUGAAAGACCAGUUGAAUCUUUAGAAGAUUUGAACAAAGAAGAUUUAGAUUUGGGUGACGUUAAGGAAGAAUUACAAAAAAUCGCCCCAUAA